AUUACAUCAUCCUGACGUGCCCUAAUUUGCAAUGGUUGCAGUGACUGGCUGGGACGCUCCUCUGUUUCUUACUCUGGGGGCAGCUGCUGAUGAGAAAACGCCCCGAGAGUGGUAUUAGCGCUAUAGAUACGGUUCUUAAUCUCCCCGCGUGCCUGUUUAGCAGUUCCAAUUUCAACAUGUCGGAACAGCAGGAGCUCAGCGGCCUCAGCGAUGAAGCAGCCGUCAACGUCUGCUCCAGCCCGGAUCCCAGUACCAAGGAUUUUCUGUUGCAGCAGACAAUGUUGCGAAUAAAAGAUCCUAAGAAGUCACUGGAUUUUUAUACAAGAAUUCUUGGAAUGACAUUGCUCCAAAAAUGUGACUUUCCCACUAUGAAAUUUUCACUUUAUUUUUUGGCUUAUGAAGAUAAAAAUGAUAUCCCAAAAGAUACAAGAGAGAGAACAGCUUGGACUUUCUCUAGAAAGGCUACACUUGAACUAACACAUAAUUGGGGCACUGAAAAUGAUGAAAAUCAAUCUUACCACAAUGGCAAUUCAGAUCCUCGAGGUUUUGGUCACAUUGGAAUUGCAGUCCCUGAUGUAGCUGAAGCUUGUAAGAGGUUUGAAGAGCUGGGAGUGAAAUUUGUGAAGAGACCAGAUGAUGGUAAAAUGAAAGGACUUGCAUUUAUUCAGGAUCCUGAUGGCUACUGGAUUGAAAUUUUGAAUCCUAACCACAUGGUGACCCUCAUCUAGUUUUAAAGUAACAUACUAUACAGUAGGUACAAGUCUUCUCCAGGAGGCUGAAAACAUGUAACACACUCUACUAUUUAUGAGAUGUAUACUUGAUUGAGAGGAAUUAACCUCAUCCACAAAUAGUUCUUUACCAAUCCUGUUAGAACCUCAUCUUGCUUGGAUUCCCCUUUAUAUUCUUCUUUUGUUUUCUUUUUUGUGAUGCCACUGCUUCCUUUUUCUAAUUAGGAGAGCAUAAUAGCAUCUGUGUUCUGAAAAUGCACUCAUGCAUGUUCACCAUUUAUGCCAGUGGUCCUCAACCUUUUUUGUCUGGCAGGUGCCAGACAACGAGCCACGGAGGACCGUGGCGGCGGACGAGCAUCCGCCAAAAUGCAACGUCAACAGGUGUCGUUGCCGAAAUACCGCUGACAAGCAAAAAUCGGCAGCACUUCGGCAGCGACACCUCUGGAUGACGCUGCUUGUCAGUGGCAUUUUGGCGAAUGCUCGUCCGCUGGCCAGUAUGCGGGCACACUUAGAUGCCCCGGCAGGCGUCAUGGUGCCCAUGGGCACCACGUUGGGGAGCCCUGAUUUAUGCAAAAAUUAGUAUAUUCUCCCCUUUGGCGCUGCUUUGAGUUAGCUAUAUUGUGCAGCCAAAAUUUCACUAUGUUUGAACCAGCUGAGAAUUGGUAUAUUGGGGGUGGGAUGUGUGAGUAGGAAGAUUGCUGUAUCUUAUGUCGUGCAGGUCUAGCACCAGCGACAAGUUUUUCGUUUGUUUGUUAAACUUGGGGAGGGGAUAAAACACUUUAAAUUAGACUUUUGGGCUACAUCGUGCUUAUGCUGAAGUCAAUGGCAAAAUUCCUUUGGACUUCAAUGGAAGCAGGAUUGGGGCCUUUGUGUGUACAGUUAUGUCAGUAAACAGUAGACAUGCAGGAGAAACUUGUAGGUAUCCAAGCUGCUUGAGACUAGAAACUUAAUGGCAGUGGCACAUCGAGUCCAACAGAGAGAGAGUUCAGUGUGCGUUGCAUUUGAGCAGCUAUGACUGACUGCAAGUAGGCAGAGGAGGUCAGCAGACUUGCCACUUGCUCUCAAGAGUGGGCAUCUAAGAGCACAGACUCUGAACAUCUAUUUUGAAAAUCAAGGCUAUAUAGCAAUUAGCUUACAACUAAGAAAUAGCUGAAAAUGCCAUGAUUCCCUGUUCAGUGGCUGAGAGCUGGCAGACAUACUUAUCCCUUAUCUAUGAUUGUGUGUGAUGCCUGGGCUUCUGCUAAAUAUAGUGCAUUUAAAUCACGUCUUUUAUAUCAAGCUACAAUUUGAUACAGGAGUCGGGUUAACUAAAAUUCUAGUAGUUUGUGAAACCAUGACUACCUGCUGUUAUGACAACUUUUUAUCUGCCUUUUUUAAAAUUUAAAAAGUAGUAGUUGCAGUUACACUGAAGUUGUAAAUAACAGGAAAACACUUCAAGUUUAUAAAUCCUACAUGUGAACCAGUUUCUUGUUAAAGUGUUUCAGUAGCCUUCAAAUACUCACUUUACCGUCCCCCUGCUCCCACCAAAAAAAACCCAUAACAAAACCAUCUUGGUAUUUAGUGCGUUUGUAGAAGCACUUUAUAAUUCCUGUUGGCACUGAACAGCACUGAGUGAUGUAACUGUUAAAUCGGAUAGCCCUGUGGCAUCAAAUAAAAGUAUUUCCAAAUAAA